AUGAAUAUGAUCCUAUCGAACGCCGCAAGCCUAAAGCCUGAUCUACGUUUAGCAGAAGCAAUCUCUCAGUUUGAAGCGAGCCUUUCACCUGACGACAAGGCCCUAUUCCGCACACAGAGAUCACAAGCACGCCAGUCUGCGCCUGUUACAGCUGAUGUCAUGCAUGUCACAGCUCAAAUCGAUCUUUUUAUCCCAGGCAAAGCAAGAAGAUGCCUUGGGCCACGUUUCACGAACUUUCUCAGCAGUGUCCAGCAGUUUGCUGCACUCGGUGAUGUGAUCGUGGGCGGAUCUCAGAACAUCAUUGCGUGUGGCAUUUGGUCGGUAGUGCGCAUGUCAAUUCUCGCAAUCACGAAAUACUCUUCGUAUAUCGAGAGUAUAUCCAUUUUCUUUAUGGAGAUUGGCCGAUCAAGUCCUCGCCAUCAAGAAUUAGCCCUGGUCUACCCUCAAUCGAAGCGCCUACAAGCGAACAUCAACGAGUAUUUUAUCAUUGUAGUACGCUUCUGUCAUGAAUUGUUCCGCUACGCGCAAAAGUCUACGUUCCGUCAGGUCACCGGGACUUUGAGUACUGACAGGAUACAAGAAACUCGCCGAGAUCUUGCUCGCUGGGCGCAAGAAAUCAAUGAUGAGUUAUCCCUGGUAGUCGCCAAACGAAUCGAAGAAGAGGCUUUAGAAAGCUCACGAUUUCGACGAGCUUCGACAAAGUUUUCGAAGGUGAUGGCUGAGCAACAACGGCUAGUGACAAGAUUGCGUACUUUGGACAGAUGCUCGAAGUAUGACCACAGAACCACCUGGAAGCAGAUCCGCAAGAGCGGCAGCACUUCAACAUUUGCGCAGAGUGAUCAGUACAAAAGUUGGAAAUCCAGAUCUCAGUCUGGUGCUUUACUUUACGUUGGCAAACUAGGUUGUGGAAAGUCCGUCACAUUGGCAAACAUGGUUGAUGAGCUCAUUCUCUCAGCAUUAGACCAUGACUCACCAGUCAUAUACUUCUUUACCAGACACGAUAUUCCCGAAAGUCUCAAAGCUCGCAACAUAAUAGGAUCUUUAAUUCGACAAUUACUCGAAUCGACAGAACAUACACCACUGGAUACCGAUGACGCUUAUAACCGACAUCUGGAUGUCUCAGCUAUGUGCUCACUCCUAAAGAGCUGUUACUCAAUGGAUAAUCAGAUCUGGGUGAUCCUGGACGGCCUGGAUCUCUGCUCCCAAGAAGAUGGAAUGAAAGUAAUCGAGUUCUUGGAAGAGUUGGAGAACGACUUUUACAUCUCAUCUUUCGUCGAAAUGGAGUUGAUGCGUUGUCUACAAAUUGGUUCGUUACAAUUGGGGGAUGCAGCGCUAAUUCUGAAGAUACGAGACGCCCUGCUCGAAGGCUCGGGCGGAAUGUUUCUAUGGGUAGUUCUACAGAUUCAGACCCUCUGCUGUCUAGAAACUGACGACGAUAUUGCCUCGGCCCUGGACGAUCUGCCAUCAGAUCUUACUGAAACAUACCGCCGCAUCUUGUCCAGAGUACAAGGGAAGAAAAAGGCCUACCAAGAACUCAUAUUGCAGCUUAUCACUGUGGCGCAGCGCCCACUCCAAGUCGAAGAGAUGCGAGAGGUCUUGAGCGUUGUCCCGGGGCGAACUGAAUUUGUGGCUAGUAAGCUCGUGAAUGACAUUCACUCAAUACUGGCGACCUGUGGAUGCCUUAUUUAUGUGGACGAAGAGGAUUUUGCCGUGCGGUUUGUUCAUCCAAGCGUACGCGAGUACUUCGUUCGAGCAUGUGUUUUGGAAGUCACACCAGUUAGCGACAGAGCCGAGGACCACGCGAUCGCAGCGUGUCAUCGAGCUAUGGCUGAUGUCAUCGUCACAUAUCUAAGCUAUGGUAUUUUCGACAGUCGAGUAUCGAGCUAUCGCGUGCCACAGAUAGACGGUGGCAAAGCUACAUCAAGGGUGAUGCGAAGUGCGUUUGAAUCGUCAAAAAACAUCCAAUCACUGGCUUUGAAACUACUUUCUCGAAAAGCUCAAAGCAAUUUUGACAUUGGCAGGACACUCUCAGAUUGCAUGGUAUUGAACAAGGCUUACAAGAUCGACGAAUUCCUAUUCGUACAUUAUGCUGGACGAUGGUGUUUAGACCAUGUGUGCGCUGCACAUCGUAUCGAUUACGGAGAACACAUUCCGAGUUUGCUUCGUUCUUUGCUCGAGCGAAAUGCGCAUGACGACGAAUCAAAGCUCUCACCUAAAUUGGCGUUCUUCAAAGCCGUGGAAGAGAACAAUGAGCAUUUCCUAAGCCUUCUGCUGGGAUCUAGUGUCCAUACAUUUUUCGACAGUAACUUUGUCGGACAGUACCAAGGACGGAACAUCACUCACAGCCCAACUUCUCUUGCUGUUUGCAAAGGACAUCAGCGACUUGUUGACAUGUUACACGAAAGAUUCUCGUACCAAGAUUUAGGCAACACUUCGUCUUCGACAAACCAGCAGAAGAAGGAGCUCAUCAGUGAAGCUACGGCCACGCGGUGUCCUUGGAUGAUCCCCGAACUAAAUCAAUUCGUCGAGGUCGAGUUCAGUGGGACACCCUCACGACAUUCUGUAUCAUAUCCUACACCACCAGAAGCCUACGAUGGUCGGCGCCCUAGACUUGAAAGGAGGGAAACCUGGAAACCCCAGGCUGCGCAUACCAAUACCAAGCUCAAGCAGCAAUAG